GUGGGGGGUAUCACUGUCCCGAUCCGUGACUGUGUUACUGAUUACUGAGUGUUACGACAACUACUGGCGUCGUGCGGGUAGCAAGCAAGCGGGUGGAGUCAUGUUGUGCUGUGUGCUCGGGUAGGCGAAAGUUCUUGUGUGCAGUGUGCAGCAACCGUCACUUUUUCUACAGCGUCAGGCUUUGACAGAGAUCGAGAUCGGGUGCACUUCUACCCGACCUUCAUCACUGUGUCAGAGGCCAAAGAAUUCUUUCCCAGUCACAAAGACGUUUGGCACCAGUAAUGGGCUACUGUUGUUAAGUGUUGUGUCAAAUGUUCUGAGUGGAUUGAACUGUUAUAUAUCAUCCCUGCUGUCAGUUUUACUUCUGCGUAUCCAUGGCUGCGAAAGAGGUUUCCGAUGUUUCCAUCACACACGUGACUGUGGAAAAUGAACGUACGGAUUCCAAGAAAAGUAGAGACAAUAUCCUGGCACGCAUAAGUUACAAAAUAGUAUGGGCUUUGGAAACUUCUUUUUUCAGAGUAGGAUUUUUUGUUGGGAAGUACCCUCUCUUGACGAUCAUCCUGAGCAUCUUGAUGUGUGGGCUCUGCGGGCUGGGGAUGAAGACCUUCAAAGAGGAAGAUGCUCAAGAAAAGCUCUGGGUUCCUCAAUCUUCCAGGAUAAUUCCAGAAAAGGCAUGGGUAGACAGAACGUUUCCAGAAGAGACAAGAUUUGCCACUUACGUUGUGGUGAAUCCUAACGGGGAUGUGCUUACCCCUAGCUUUAUGAAUGCGCUCUUGGAUUACUAUAUUGAGUCAAUAAACUUUGACAUAAAUGGCCGGAAGUUUCAAGAUAUGUGUGUAAGGAUAGGAAAGUUCUGUUACGUUUCAAGCCUUUUAGAACUGUGGUUGUAUGAUGAAGCAGCCAUCAGAGCUCUGACUAGGAAUGACAUCAUUUCCAUGAUCAGCCGCACUAAAGUCAGCCCAUUGUCGGGAGUGGAUGUGGUCACUCUUCUUGGUGGUCAAAUCACCCGAAAUGAAUCAGGUGUUGUGGUUGGUGCAGAGGCUUCAAAGGUGAACUGGGUGCUGGAGAAAGAAGAGAACUCAGACGCUGCAGGGUUCGAAAAGAAAAUGAUUGACAUGGCUCUUAGAGGCCAUGAGAACAUAUCAAAGACCUAUGUCUAUGCCAGCCGCAGUUUUGAUGAUGAGGGUUUUGGAGCCAUAAACAGUGACAUCAAACUGCUCACCGCUGGGUUCAGCAUUGUGUUUAUCUAUGUGAUUCUCUCCCUGGGGAAAUUUAAUCUCAUUGAACAUAAGAUCUAUAUUUCUUUGAGUGGCAUGGCGUGUGUGGGUCUGUCCAUCCUAGUGGCGUACGGGAUUGCCACUGCCCUGGACAUCAUCUACAGCCCUAUACAGACCAUCAUGCCUUUUCUGCUCUUAGGUAUCGGUGUGGAUGAUAUGUUUGUGAUAAUCGAGACGUGGAAGAACCUGAGCCCGGAGGAAGAGAAGCUGGAGACCCCCAACAAAAUAGCCGUGACCUUGAGCCGGGCCGGUGUCUCCAUCACAGUCACGUCCAUCACGGAUAUGGUGGCAUUUGGCAUCGGGGCCACUACUGUAAUUCCUGCCCUCAGCUCUUUCUGCCUGUAUGCCACCCUGGGUAUCCUAGCACUGUACCUGUUGGUGUCUACACUGUUCAUCGGGGCCUUAGCUCUCGACGAACGAAGGCGGCGAGCGCGUCGUGAUGCCUGCUUAUGUUGUUACCGACACUCGUCAACGUACGAGCCGUAUGAAUGCAGCACAGGAAAGUCCAUCAUACAAACCUUCUUUGGGAAAUUUUAUGGCCCUUUCAUCACACGCCUGCCUGUCAAAAUCUUUAUCAUAUUCUUGGCUGUGGCAAUGGCUUCCCUCGGCAUUUGGCGAUUUGUCAAGAUGGAUCAGAACUUUGAUGUGUCCCUGUACCUACCCAGUGACUCAUAUGCCUUUGCGUUUACCAGAGCUCAGGAAGCUUACUUUGAAGAGCAAGGAAGAGACGCAAGUAUUUACUGCGGCGGUUUCAACUACUUCCACGAGAUAGGUCGCCUGGACGUCCUCCAGGAAAGGCUGGUGGACAGCAGAUAUGUUCAGAAUGGAACCAUCAACUCCUGGUUUUCAGCAUACCACAAUUAUCUUGUCACGUCAGGAAUAAAUAUUACCUCAGAGGAACAAUAUUACAAGACUUUGUGGGGUUUUCUGCGCUCUCCCAUGGGACAGAGGUUUUCAUCUUUUGUCAACUUCAACUCCACAUCAGAACCGGUGUCCAUUGUGGGAUCGUACAUCACACUGACACAUGUGAGGGAGGAGAAUUCUCAAGACAGCAUCAAAUCCAUGGAUGGAGUGAGAUAUCUGAUCGACAGUUCAGGCUUCCCCAGAUUUACGGGGCCAGACAUGCCUGAGUACAUGUGCUUCUCCUACGCCCGCGCCUAUCUCAGCUAUGAAACAGACAAGGUUCUGUAUGGGGAGCUGGUGAGGAACCUGGGUCUGGCAGCGUCGGCGGUGCUUGUUGUGACCAUUGUCCUUGUGGCCAACCUGUGGACCAGUCUCCUGGUGUUUGUCUGUGUGGUCUUCACUGUGAUGGAUGUUGGUGGAGUGCUGGAGUUGUGGGGCACGUCUAUCGAGACGGCCAGUAGCAUCCUGAUCACGCUGUCCGUGGGUCUGGCUGUUGACUACUCUGCACACGUGGGACACACCUUUAUGACUAUCAGGGGAGACAGAAAUAAUCGAGCCAUUGAGACGUUGAAGACCAUUGGGCCUGCUGUUUUCAAUGGAGGCCUCAGCACCUUCCUAGCCUUUGUGCUCCUUGUCAACAGUGCCAGUUAUGGCUUUCAGCUGUUUUUUAGAGUCUUCUCGUCUGUGGUCAUUUUCGGCCUUUUCCACGGUCUGGCCUUCCUGCCAGUUGUCCUGAGCCUUGUUGGGCCCCCGGCCUACAAGCACGCAGACGAGAUCCCUGAGGAGAUAAACAUGGAGGUAAAAGAUUCAGGGAGUCGUGGUCAGGUGGUGGAGCCAACGACGAAUGGACACUCUGAGGGGGCAAAUGGAUACGCCGAGAGGAGCCGCUAUGCUUAUGAUGGGCCGAUGCUUUCCUCACAGGGACUUCGCAUGCACUCUGGAACAUUUACAUCCAAGCCGCACAUUUCUGUAAUAGACGUUCCAAACCACUCGAAGAACAACAAAGGCUCACUCUCAAGCAAUGAUGGUCUCACCAAAUUAUGAUGAAGGAAAUAUUCAUGGACAUGACUAUGGUGCAAGCUAUAAUGUGAUGUGAAAAUGAAAUACAAUUUUUUUUUAAAACUCUGGAGAUUUACCACUCACUUUUCAUAUUAUCUUUGAAGAACUCUUCAUUUAUAUUUUUAAUUUCCAUGAAAAUUUUAAAUGUCAAAGAUCUGUGAUUUGAUGAAGGUAAACAAAGUCUGAUGUCCUGAUGUAGAGUUUGUACCAACACUACAUAAAUAUAUGAGGGGCUGAGAUGCAAAACCCGCUACAUUCAGUUUAGCACUUUUGAAAAAAUUAGCUUUUUUAAAUGCUACUAAAUCUAUACACACGAACAUUCGUAAAAGGAUUUUUGGUUGCUUUUAUGAAGUAUGUGUUGGGUUUUGGUCGAAAACACUUUGUGCAUCUGAUAUUUGGUAACAAUGUGCAUUUAUUAUAUAAGCAAAAAAUCUCAAUUUUUCCCCCAAAAUUUUGUCUAGCGGGUUUUGCAUCUCACCCCCUCAUAUGUUUUAAUCUCUAUAUUUACAAAAUCAGCCUCUUUAUUGUUGUGUAGACUGUUGGUAGCGGGAAGAAUGGAGAGAAUUUGUUGUACUUCUGUAUUUCCGAGACAGCUUUGUAUUAUUCACCUCAAGAUGCUUUUUUUCAAGUAUGACAAUGAAUCUUGCUGAGUGUAUAGAUUGUUUACACUAUGUGUUUUAUGCUUAAGUUCAAGUCUCAUUUGAAGCCACAUCUGCUUCUGUUCCCAACAUUCAACACCUUCCCGCCUCCUCUCUUUGAUUUUUUUUUGGUAUAUGGGCUUGACGUCCUUCUUUUCUUUCUUUUCGGACUUCUGAAUACAUUUUAACGGGUUGAUGUGGCUUUUUUAUUUUGUCGUUUUCACACCUGACACAAAGAGUCAGAGAUGGAGGUGGACUCUCUUGAUCGAUUGUAAAAUACUGAUUUGAUGUUCAAGACUGGCUACUCCUGUUUCUUUCCCCUUUAUUGAAUAUGUCAAUACUUUUGUCCAGGUCUUGAUGAGAGCAGCUAGUUCAUGACAACGCACAGUUUGAAAGAAAUCCACUUUUUGGUAUUGUUCUUGUUCAAGGUGGUAGAUUUCUGUCGUGUUGCAUCAGUCAAACAACGAACUUUGUCGCUAAAAAAAAGUGUUUUGAUAUUGCCAAUGAUUAUUGUAUUUGCAGAAGUGUGUAGUUUGUGUGUAAAUACACAUGUUGCACAUAGUAUGCUGAGGACAUAGUAGUGUUUGUUAUGCAGUGUAAACUGGUUUUUAUUCAAGUGUAUGUCUAAUGUUGAUCAUGUUAUGUUUGUGACAUAAGUAUUAUCUACAGAAGUUCUUUCACAGUUGGACAUAAACUUUUUGCUUCUCCUUUACAAUCAUCAAACAUUCCAACUUUUAUAUGUGAUAUAUUUUGAAUAGCUUGUAGCUUUUAGGUUAAGAAAAAUGAAUAGAAUGGUUGCAGUUUCCAUAUAGGUCUUUUCUGGCUUAGCUAAGAAAUACCAUAGGAGCUUCCUGUGAGGAGGAAAGAAUCGACUCUGACUGGUGGAUGAUUAACAUUGGGAGGGUUGGGCCAUAGGAAAUCGGCAUUUACAAAGAAAUUUACACAUACUCGUAGAGCAAAGGUCAUGAUUUGUCUGUGUAAGCUUAUGUUAGUCUUUUUAUUUUACAGACGUACCAUUGUUUAUGUUUUAUCAUUUUCUAAAGAAUUUUUAUCUUUGACAUUUAGGUGAAGUGAGAUUUUUUUCUCCAAGAUUUCCAAGUUUUAACUUUGUUUUCUGAAUUGUUGAUAUGGUUACGAACAACCAUGUUUGAAAUUGUCUUCACAUUAUUACAACAUGCCAAAUGAUCGAUCAUGAUAAUGUGUGGUUCGGAUGAGUCGGGACAAAAUGACUAAAUACUAAUUAAUGGCUUCUGAAAAUGCUAGUUUUUGGCUCAGAAUUAUCACCAUGCCUGACACUGAAGAACAGUUCACUCUGCCGUUUGCUAUGUCCGGAUCUGCCACUAGAAAGGACUUGAUGUUUACUAGGAUGUGAUAGAUUAUGCAAUGAAAACUGCACUCACAGAAUCAAGUAAACCUGGCUGAUGUUAUACAGUCGAAAGUUUCCAAUAGGGCCAUCCGUUGUCGAGAAAAAUUUUGUCUUAGACAGGUGGAUGUCUUGGACAGUGUCACUUUAGAAUUUUAAAAAG